AUGUCUGCAUCUCGUGUUUGGUUCAUUACCGGUUCGUCUUCCGGCUUCGGCCGCGAGACCGUGAUCCAAGCCCUCGAGAGCGGCGACAAGGUCGUCGCGACGCUCCGCAAGCCCGCCGUCCUCGACGACCUCGCGCAGAAAUACCCCGCCGACCGCCUCCGCGUCAUCAAGCUCGACGUCACGAAGCUCGCAGACAUCGACGCCGCAUUUAUCCAGGCGAAGGAGGCGUUCGGCCGCAUCGACAUCGUGUUCAACAACGCCGGCUACGUCGUCGUCGGCGAGGCCGAGGCGAUGCCGGACGACGUCGCGCGCCAGCAGUUCGAGGUGAACUUCUGGGGCGCGGUGCACGUCUCGCAGCGCGCGGUGCGCUUCUUCCGCGAGGAGAAUAAGCCGCAGGGCGGGCUGCUCCUCCAGAACAGCAGCGCGUCCGGCUUCACGGGCAUACCUGUGAUCGCGUUCUACGUCGCGACGAAGCACGCUCUCGAGGGGUUCACCGACUCGCUCGCGCAGGAGCUCGACCCUGCGUGGAACAUCAAGGUCUCCCUCGUCGAGCCCGGCUCGUUCAAGACCUCCGCGUUCAACGAUACGAACAUGAUCAUGGUGCCGCAGCACCCGGCGUACGCCAACCCCGCGCUGCCCGUGCACCAGUUCCGCGGCGCGUUCCUCAAGGGCGCGGGCCAGGCGGUGGACACCGCCACGGAGCUCCCGCUGGCGGACGCCGCGCGCGCCGUGGGGAAGAUCAUCGAGUUUGCGAAGCUGCCGGACCCGCCGCGGCACUUCCCGCUGGGAAAGGACGCGAUCGCGAUGACGCGCGGGACGAUGAGGGCGCUGGCGGAGGAGAUCGACAAGUAUGAGUCGUGGUCGGACGGGUUGGACAAGUAG